UGAAACGUCAGAGCGGCGAGAGAAGAGAAAGAAGGGCCACUUCCUCGAACUGAGGCAGCCUCGAUUCUUUCUGCAGCUGCAGCAUUAAGACACUACAGCGAUUUUAGUUCCUUCUUUCUUUGUAUUUUCGUGUGUUUUUGAGGAGCGACUUCAUGGGACUCGAUACACUCAGUGGCGGAGUUUUGAGGAGAUCUCAGAGCCGCAACUGAGGGACUUCCUCUCGAACAGGAGACGGACCUGCGGGUGAAGGAGCCAUGGAGGGUAUCUGCUUCCAGGUCAAACCCCUAGAUGACCAUGUCCAUUCUCUGCCUAGUCCUGCCCCUUACACCAAGCCGUUCCCUGGGUCAGGAGGCGAUAAGAGGAGGGACGAAGAGGAUGAGGAUGAGAUUCAGUACAGGUUAACACUAGUGGGCUCUCUAGCAGUCCACCCUCAGACCACCAUGGCCAUGCUGCCGUGGGUGGUGGCCGAGAUCCGGAGGCCGCGUCUGAAGGAGAGGAGCUUCAGCACCAGCCCCUCUGCGGCUCGAACUCUAGAGAUUCGGGACCAGUCGGUGGUGCUGCAGAUUUCAGCUUCUUCAGUGCGCUGUGUUCUGGACAUGGCAGGUCCGGGGAGGCCGUGGGACCCCCUGCAGCACACGGUGCUGUUUGAGCGCCGGCCGCACAGGGUCACCAAACUGAUCCACAACAGCCAGGACCCAAGCUACUUCGGCUGCCUGCUGAGGGACGACAGGAGGGCCGCGUGCUACGUGUUCCGCUGCCACGACCAGCACAAGAAAUGA